AUCACAAUCUGUCAUCUGAUUAUGUUCUAUUGGUUCAAAAUAAGUUUCAAACUUUCAAAUCAAAUGUAAAUAAUUUGCUGUGUAUUAUAAUGUUAAGUGCUAAUUGUAUUUAUUACUAACAAUUAUUUUCUUGCACGACGCAGGUACAUAAGUACGGUUCCUUCUGUAAUAUUAGCUGCUGCGAUAACAAUAAUGCCUCAUAGCCAUUGCCAUGGGCAUGGCCAUGAUCAUGAUCAUGUCAACCCUGACGAGUUGGGAAUACAUUACAAUCUAUUUCAAAAAAUAGAUAAAGAUAAUCUACAAUGUCUGAAUGAAAGCAUUGAUGGCGCUGGGAAAACUGUUUUCAAAUCUUGGGAUGAAAGAUUAGAUAGAAAUCAGUUUGUUGAAAGUGAUGCUGAUGAAGAGUUACUUUUCAAUAUUCCUUUCACUGGAAAUGUUAAAUUAAAAGGGAUUAAAAUUGCUUCAGAGGAUACAGAUUCACACCCAGCCAAGUUAAGAUUAUUUAAAAAUAAACCAAAUAUGACGUUUGAUGAUGUUUCUAUGGAACCAGAUCAAGAGUUUGAACUACAGAAAGAUACUGAAGGGAUCCUUGAGUAUAAUCCAAAAAUCGUCACAUUCUCGUCAGUAACACACCUGACUAUGCAUUUUCCUAGCAACUUUGGAGCGGAAAAUACCAAGAUAUAUUAUAUUGGACUCAAGGGUGAAUGGACACAGGGGCACAAGCAUGGAGUUACUAUUUGCACGUAUGAAGCUAGACCAAUGCUCGAUGAUCAUAAGUUAAAGCAUUUAGAUUCUGUAAACAAACCAAUAGACUAGGGAUGCAAUAAUAUUUUAAUAAAGUUUUUAAAAAAAAUUCGUGUAUAUUUUCAUCAAAGAUAUCUAAUAGAUAAUCGAAGCUUUUUAAUCCAUACUAAUAUUAUAAAGAGGUAAAGUUUGUAAGUUUGUAGAAAGUAAUUUCUGGAACUACUGAACCGAUUUUGAAAACUCUUUCAGCAACAGAAAGCUACAUUGUUCCUGAUAUAGGCUAUAUUUUAUUU